UUCUAGUUCCCUGGAGAUCGUAUGACAAAUUGCUGGACUCAUGAGAUGUUUCAUUGGCUAAUACUCAUGAGACCGUGUGACAGAUUGCUGGAUUUGUGCAAUAUGGAUUCCCUCCUCACACAAUAAGUUUGAAGCAUAUACUUUCAGAGCCUUCUUUAAAUGUUUUGGCAGCAGAGAGUUGGUUUUACUGUCAAUUUAUACAGAAGUAGUGCUAAUUAAAAUUAGCAUUUUUUAAUACUUGUAUCCACUAUUUCCGAACUAGGCUUUCGUCCCGCUUUAUAGAUAAAGCAAACAUCCAUACAACCAAGUACCAAUCACGAUAGCAAAUAAGACGGCUGGGGCCACAGCACAAUCACACCCAAGAAAGAAAGAAGAAACAUAAAAAGGCCACCGGGUGGCAAACUAAGAAGCCGUCGUACGGGUGGAAACAAGGACCUCACUUGUAUCCACUAUUGGCAACCACUUAUCAUUUAGUUUUAUGAGAAACACAACAACCUGAGCAUUUGUAACAUUCGUACGAUCAGGGAUGCUAGAUAAGUGUCACUCAUCUAUUGGAAAAGACUCAAAGAGGCCUAGAAGCAAACCUUUUCAGCUUAGCUGCACAUCACAUGUUUGAGGGCUAAUCCAUUCCGUUAUUACUUCAGCAGGUUGCAACAUCAACAAAAGGCGCUGUACCUCCGUUGGUGGCAUGUAACAUUUGCCAUCUCAACAGAAUCAUGUCUCUGGACAGUUUGUUACAAGGCUCCUAUCCCCCUUGGAAACUGCAUGCCAGAACUGAAAAAAAGAGCUAUCAUUUCUCUCAACCACUCUCAUGACACCAGAAUUUCUGUUCUGUUCUGUGCUUCUCUGACAGCAGUUGUUACCGUGCUCGUCUCCUUGGAGCCAGACAGAUAGCCAGCCAGACAAGAGUGCCCAGAAAGCUAGCGUCCCUGCUUCAGCGCCACUCCUGCAGAUUUUUCUACGCGAGCAUUCCCAGAUCCUUGAGGAGGCAGAACGUCCAUGGCAUCUGAUCGCGUCGAGGUCGACACCGCCCGCCCUUUCCGGUCCGUGAAGGAGGCGGUGGCGGUGUUCGGGGAGCACAUCCUCGUCGGCGGGAGCAACUCCAGAUACAGCAGCAGUGCGGUUGCCAUUGCCGAUCCGCAUGCCAAUGCCACCCCUAACGCCAAGCACGAAGAUUGCAGUAGGAGCAGUACCGCCACCCUUUCUCCAGAUGCAAUGGCAGAGGUAGAUGCGGAACCGGUGCAUGAGGCAACGGCAGCUAUUGUGCCUAUGUACUCCGCGCACUCCUCGCCGUCGUUCACGCCGCCGCGUUCGGCGUAUGGCGACGACGGCGAGCUUGGUUGCCAAGACGACGAGGCCGGGCUCGCGGUCGUGAGCUCCAUCAAGAAGCUGGAGGCGGAGGUGGCCGAUACGAGACGGGAGGUGCUGCAGCUGAGGAAGAGGGGCACCGAGAUGGAGAUGGCCGUGGCCAGCCUCAACGCGCAGCUCCACCGAGGCCUCUCGAGGCUGGCCGAGAUCGAGGCCGACAAGGCUGCGGCGGCGGCACGGUGCAGCAUCCGUGGGGACGCCGACGUGAUGGCGGCGGCCAUGGUGCGGAGCGAGCGGUGGGCGGAGAAGUCCAGCACGUACAGCAGCGAGUACCUGCCGUCCUUCAGCCACGCGCUGAGCCUCGGCGAGAUCGACGACGACCUGCUCGGCGGCAGGAGGAGGAAGGCGCAGAAGGUGAAGCCCAUCGUGCCCCUCAUCGGUGACAUCCUCUUCUCCAAGAGUUUCUCCAAGAGGAAGAGCGGCAAGGACAGCGGGGAUCUCUCCGGCGUGUUAGGGUGAUCAUCACUUGCUUGCUUCGUGUGCUCAGGUUGUGGCUGCUUGCGUUGCGUGUGGUUUGGAUGGAGCAUGUGCUUUCUUUGGUCCUUUCUUUCUCUUUGGUUGGGGUUUUUCAUUUUUCUUUGUGCGAGCCUGUAAAUGUAAAAUAUUGAUGAAUGCUUUGUAUCUACCCCUUCGUCUCAAAAUGGAAGAUCAUUUCUUACA